AAGCGAGCCGUGUCUUCUGUCUCAUCCUUUCAACCCUGUUUUUCAGCAAGACGCACAAGAGACGCGUCCCGUCUGGAGAGUCUUCAUGGUUAUGAUUCUAUAAGGUUAAAGUGCUGCAGUGAUCCAGUGUAUUAUAGUCAUGCUUAUGGAAAUGGACAUUCAGAAUGAACCUCUUCAGUCCCAGAACACGGAAAAAGUGGACAAGACCUCUCACUCAUGUGGAGAGAGAGAACACAGAGGGGUGUUCAGGCUGGCUGUACUGUGUCUUGGUGUGAUGUGUGUCCUUCAGGCAACUCUCAAUAUCGCCCUGAGACUGUACUUGACUGACCUGGAACAGACCAUCUGUAAGAACCAAACUAAAGACAGUUACACCAGCCUGAUGGUGGAAAGAGAUCGGUUACAGAAGGAGAGACACGAACUCCAGAGGAGGCUUUCUGAACUGGAAGAAGCAAAACAGGAGGAAUGGAGCUGCUUUGGUUCCAGUCUUUAUUACAUCUCCACCAGGAAGACCUGGAAUGAGAGCAGACAGGACUGCAGACAGAGAGGAGCAGACCUGGUGAUCAUAAACAACAGAGAAGAACAGGAGUUUAUCACUAGUAAACUGGGCAGCAGUCGAGCUUGGAUUGGUCUGACUGACAGCAAAAUGGAGGGGGUCUGGAAAUGGGUGGACGGAUCAUCACUGACCACUGAGUUUUGGGCAUCUGGGGAGCCCAACAGCUUGGGAAAUGAAGACUGUGCUGUAAUUGGCCAUGACAUUGGUGUUUUAAGGACCUGGGCUGAUUUUCCCUGUCGUGAUCUGUUGGUUUGGGUCUGUGAGAGACCUUUAAAUUGAGGCUGUGCAGGAGAACAGACUAGUUUACAGGUGCACUUUGAAGAAUCAUUUAAAAAUGUUUGACGUAGAGUUUAAAUUGAACUCCACAUCUCUUGGUAUUCCUCUUUUCAAUUUGACCUGUGUCAUUAUUUUAUUGUCUUAUAUGAUUUUAAAUUAAUACUCAUAAUUUCUUCUAUUACUGUUAAGCUUCAGCAGCUGUAUGUAAAGCACUUUG